AUGGAAAAAUACAAUAUAUUAUAAGAAAUAGGACGAGGAGCAUUUGGAAUAGUAAGUAAAGCCUAAAACCUUGAGACCCAAGAAAUAGUCGCCAUAAAAAAGAUGGUCCAAGAAUACGAGACAUGGGAAGAAUGUAUAAACCUUCGUGAAUUAAAAUCUUUGAAAAAAUUAAACCAUAUUAACAUAAUAAAAUUGAAAGAAGUUUUUAGAGUAAAAAAAGAACUUUCAUUCGUUUUUGAAUAUGCCGACCGUAAUCUAUUUAAACUAUAUGACAACGCCAAAACCGAAGGAAUUACAUAACUACCAGAAAACACAAUAAAAACGAUUGUAUAUUAAAUAACUUCAGCCCUAGCAUAUAUGCAUAAACACGGUUUUUUUCACAGAGAUUUGAAACCUGAAAAUCUGUUGAUAACAUCCGAUAAUAUAAUAAAAUUGAUUGAUUUUGGACUUGCAAGAGAAAUAAGGUCAAGACCCCCUUAUACUGAUUAUGUAUCUACUAGAUGGUAUAGAGCACCUGAAAUUCUUUUAAGAUCAACUAAUUAUAAUAGCCCAGUUGAUAUUUUUGCUUUAGGAUGUAUUAUGGCGGAAUUGUAUUUAAUGAAACCUCUUUUUUCUGGGACUUCGGAAAUUGAUCAAUUAUAAAAAAUUACUUCUGUUUUGGGAACUCCUUAAAAAAGUGAUUGGGCUGAUGGAUAUAUUUUGGCCUCUUAAAAACAUUUUAAUUUCCCUUAAUAUUAAUAAAUGCAAUGGAGUUAAGUUAUCCCAGGAGCUAGUCCUGAUGCAAUUAAUUUGAUUUAAGAAUGUAUUAAGUGGGAUCCACAUAAAAGAAUUACUACGGCUAAAAUACUUUAGCAUCCUUAUUUUAAUAAUGUGGAAUUGCCAGAAGAAAUUAAAUAAUAUAAUAAUUUAAAUAAUAAUAAUAAUAAUUAUAAUAAUAAUUGUAGUACUAAUAUUCAAAACAAUAUGCAAAAAAGGUAUCCAUCUCCUAUGGCUUAUGACGGGGCAAAUAAUAAUUUAUAAUUUGACCAUUAAUUCCAUAAAAGUCUUCCUUAGAAAUCACCUAAUAUAACAAGUAUGUCUCCUGAUAGAAUUUUUUAAAACUAUAAAUAUGAGAAUGAGAUUAUGAAUUAUAAAAAUACAAGUGAUAAAUAAUAAUAAGGGUAUAAUUUCAAUAGUAAAAAUUAUGAUCCUAUAUAUGAGUUUUUAAAUAAUGAUGUUAGAAAUUUAAAAAAUUAAAAUGUAAAAUAAACAUAGUAGAGAGAUAGUAGUGAAUAAAUAAAUUAUUUUAAUAAAAAAUAACAAAAUUAAAUAAAAAAUGUAUUUGAGGCUGAAGAAGAGUAUACAAAUAAUCAAAAUAUGGACGAAAUUUUAGGAAAAUACAUUCCUACGAAAAACGUUAAGAGAGUGAGGAAUAAUAAUAAUUAAAUGGUUAACAAUAGUAAUUAUAAUAAAAAUAUCUUUUUGGAAGAUGAUGUUAAUAAUUAAUAAAAUAGUAUUGAUGAGAAGUAAAAUUAAGGAUUUAGUACAAGAUUUAAAAACAAAGCUGCUGAAUCAGGAAAAAAUAGUCUUUAAGAAGAAUUAAAUAUUAAGUAAUCUUAUGUUCCUUCAGCUUUAACGAAAAAAUAAAAUAAUGAUGGAAACGAAAGUAAAUUAAAACAUAAUUAAGGAUUUUCUUUACCUACCUUAAAUUUUAACAAUAUUGGAAUAAAAAAUGAUCAAUUUAAUGUUGAUAGUAUUGAUAAAAUUUAAUAGGUUAAAUUUUGA